AUAUCAAAUGUAAACGAUAGAGACUAUGUGGAAAUGAAAGCUUUAUUAUUUCCCCCAAAACACAUUUAAACAAGACUUAUUUUAUUGUUCGAUACUUUUUCUGCAUGCACCAAAAUAUCUUCGUCUUUGAAAAAACUUGAUUUUUCUAUUUAUUUAUUUAUUUAUUUAUUUAUUUCUAUUUGCAUUUAGUGAUCGAGCUCACGUCGAGCUUAAUUGCUACCAGGAAAAUUAGCGAAGGAAAAUUAGCGAAGAGAGUGGGAGAUUGAUGAUGACGAUGAUGAAGAAGUCUGUAAUUUGCAUGUGUCUCCUGUUGCUUUUGCUCUUAGCAAUUAGUAGAGCAGAGUCGUCGAUCAAUUCAUGCACCAGGCGUUGCGGCAAAGUCGACAUCCCCUUCCCCUUUGGCAUCGAGUCGGACUGCUUCCUUCCCGGCUUCCACGUCGUCUGCAACAACUCCAAACUCUACUCCGGCGACAUCCAAAUCCUCAACAUCGACCCCGAUGAGUCCCAAGCCACAAUAAUCCAGAAAAUCGCACUCGUCUACCCACAAAACAACUCCACCGGAGUUCAUAUCUCAACGGAGAUGGACCUCACCGGCUCGCCCUUCCGCUUCUCCGAUGACCGCAACAUCUUCUCCGCCUACGGCUGCAACUUUGUCGCCUUCUUCAACACGUCGACCCCCAACACUCAAUAUGGAGGUUCCUGCUCUGCUCUCUGCAACGACGUCGUCAACUACAUCAACGUAAUUAAUGGUUCUUACUCAGACGCUGACGGCUUCUGCCAGAUCGACCAUAUCCCCUGGGGGAUGCAGCAAUUCACUUCCUACAUCAUCCUUGACUUCGCUGGAUUUAGCGACUCGCCAUCACAAAAUUCGUCGUGCCUCUUCUCGACCCUUGUGGAUCGGCAAUCUUUAUUCGACGCGUCGUCGGGUCUUCGUGGGUGCGACUUGUAUGAGCGAUACCAAGGACAGUUUCCGGUGGCCGUUGACUGGUUCAUCUCCAAGGCGUCGUGCUAUGAAGCUAAUCUUAAUUCCACCACCUAUGCGUGCCGGAGUCGAAACAGCUUCUGUUUCGAAUCUUUCGGCGGAUACUCCUGCAUCUGCAAUUAUGGUUACCAAGGCAAUCCUUACAUAGAAGACGGAUGUCCUGUUGUUACAUGCCGUAUGCCCAACUGUUAUGGGGUGUGCCUUGAUGACGGUAUGUGUGGAUGCCCACCUGGUAAGAGCGGGUCUCCUUUCCGACCGAAUGGAUGCAAUGCAAAAGACCCGAGGAUAAGAAACAUCCUUAUGAUUAUUAGUGCAAGUGCUGGGGGCAGCGUGCUUAUUUGUUUUGCUAUUGUUGCACUAUGGAGAAUUCUGAGAAAAAAAAAUCUUCAAAACAGAAAGAAGAAAUUUUACCGUAGAAAUUUAGAUUUGUUAAGAAAGGAACAAUCUUCUACCGAUGAAAUUGUUACCGAAAGGAUGAAGAUCUACGAGCUAGAUGAAUUGGAAAAAGCUACCAAUUAUUUUGAUAAAACUCGAGUUGUUGGGGGCGGAGGUCAUGGAAAAGUGUACAAAGGAAUUUUAUCGGAUCAACGUGUCGUUGCCAUCAAAAAGCCCAAGAUAACAAAUGAAUGUGAGCUUGGACAAUUCAUUAAUGAGGUCUUCAUUCUUUCUCAAACCAACCAUAGAAAUGUGGUUAAAUUCAUGGGGUGUUGCUUGCAAACUGAAGUCCCUUUGCUUGUAUUUGAGUUCAUAUCAGGCGGAACACUCUCUGAUCAUCUUCUUAAUCAUGAGCAAUUCUCGCCUUUAUCAUUUGAAGAUCGUUUAAGGAUUGCCUAUGAAGUUGCUAGAGCAUUAUCCUAUAUACACUCAGAAGCUUCCAUAACAAUUUUCCAUAGAGAUGUUAAAUCAUCCAACAUUUUACUUGAUGAAAGAAAUACUGCAAAACUAGCAGAUUUUGGUGCUUCAAGGGCUGUUACUUGCGAUAAGAAUUCAAUAACUACUAUUGUUCAAGGAACUUAUGGAUACUUAGAUCCUGAGUACCAUCAAACAGGAAGAUUAACUAACAAGAGUGAUGUCUAUAGCUUUGGAGUCAUUCUCGCAGAGCUAUUGACUGGGAGGACAGCAAUUCCGUACCAAAAAAAUAAUGAGGUGAGGCACCUAGUUAUGGACUUCGUAGCUUCAUUGAAGGACAAUUCGCUUCUUGAGAUCAUCGAUCCUCUAGUUUUAGAGGAAGCAAAAGAAGAAAUUCUUGGAAAAUUUGCAAGGCUCAUAGAGAGGUGCCUCAAACUGAAUGGGGAUGAACGACCAACAAUGAAGGAAGUGGAGGAGGAACUCGAAGCUAUGAGAGCAAAGAAACCAAAAGCAAAUUCUAAUGGCCCCGGAGUAACUGCUUCUUGCUUCAAUCUUGGUGUCAAUAGCCUUGGAGGAACUUCAUCUUUUUUUUAUACUUGCUUUGAUAUUGAAGCUAAUAGUCUUGGAGGCAUCACAUCAACUGACACUUCCAUGUAGUAACAGAACGGCUUGCAACACUGGUCAACUCAUAGAUAAGUGAAGUACAGAGGUAAAAAUGAGCUCAAGAAGACAAUGAAUAUAUUGGUGUAAACCCAUAGGUGCUAAACCUGCUCUAAAUAUUUCCUUCCUUUAAGUUUGCUAAAGUCUAUCCCUUUACUGUCAAACUGUGUUGUAUUUGGUUGCGUGUACAAUGUAUUACUUAUUUGAAAGUUUAAAAUGUAGUCAUUAU